AUGAUUAGAACUAGACAAUAUACGGAAAACAUAUCUGCGUUGCAGGCAAGUGCUUUGCAGCUUGCGACGCGUCCCGAAACAUCGUCGGCGUACAUGCUACGCCUAUACCCUGUUUCGCUCGAACGCUCCGCUCAACUAGCUCAGCUCGCUGCAGAAGAGGAUUAUGCACACGAGGCGGUACGCAUUGCCUAUGAAGAGGAACGUGAUCGCGUCGAAGAGGAGUGGCGCAAAGGUCGGGAACGCGUCAAGGAGAGAAUGUUGGAAGGGAUCGAAGAACGGAGGAGGCGGGCAAGGGAAGAGAAGGAUGACGCCGCCCUUGACUCUCAAUCGCGUUCUCACAUCACACGUAAGCUACGCAACAAGCUCGGCGGGUCACCGCCUCCCUCAGGAUAUGCAGGAGGCUACACGUACGGUAACAACAACGCAAAUGGUCUAUCCUCACUCCCAGCAACCGUCGUACCCGUGCCGAACCCUCAUUCGCUCUCCGUCGACGAGUUACCGUCUCCCUUUCCCUUACCACUCAUCGCCUCUGCACCCAAUGGUGCAUAUGGAAGCGGCAAUGGUGGCGGUGGCGGAGGUGGCGGAGGAGGUCCGCAGAAGCGCAAACACAAAGGCGGAGGUGUCCAACCGCAGGCACUCACAGGCCUCGGUAAAGCGAUCCAACAGCUCACAGCAGCUAAGGAGCUUGAAGUCGAUAGUGACCUUAGUGAGAUUCGGAGAGGUGCGAAGCGGCGUAGGGCUGCUGCCGCUGGUCCACAACAUAAACCAUAG